AUGACAGGAAAAUAUCAAGGAGUUCAAUCCCGAAUCUUAAAUAUAAAUCCUCGAGCAUUUUUUACUCCAUGCGCUGCCCAUAAUUUAAAUUUAGUCCUGUGUGAUGCUGCUAAAAAUUCAACUAUAGCCAUUACAUUUUCUGAAGAAGUUUCUGAGACAGCUAAUGAUUUGAUGGCCCGAAGUGAGACUGUUUCACUAUCAAAUGAAAUCGAAGUAAAUAUUGCGAGUAAAAGUUUACAAGAUCAUAAUACGGAUAUAAAUACUUCUGUAAAAAUUGUUCAAAGUCUUAUACAGUUUUUGCAUCAAUAUAGAGAAAAUGGGUUUAAUUUUGCGAAAAUUGCUGCUAAAAAAUUAGCCGAAGAUGCCGAUAUUGCAGUUGCUUUCAAAAAUCCAAGAGUAAGAAAAAAGACGAAAUUAUUCGAUUAUGAAAAUGUCGACGAACCUGUGUUAAAUAAUGAAGAUCGGUUUCGUACAAAUUAUAUUUUCAUCGUUCUUGACCAUGCAAUACAGUCGAUUGAGAAACGCUUUAAUCAGUUGAAGACUUAUUCGGACAAUUUUGGAUUUUUACAUCGCAUUGUUGACGAAGAUACAAAUACGCUCCAGGCACUUAAUAUUUUAAAAACAACUCACGGAUCAUUUCCUAAUCUAACCAUUGCUCUUAGAAUAAUGCUAACUAUUCAUGUGACAUCAGCUUGUGCAGAAAGAAGUUUUUCAAAGCUAAAAUUAAUAAAGACUUAUUUGCGCAAUCGGUUAGGCCAAGGCAAACUUUCUGAACUAGCUUUAAUAUCAAUUGAAGAAGAAAUAUCGUCCACCAUCGACUACAAACAUCUCAUCGACAUCUUCGCUUCGAAAAAGUCUAGAAAGAAAAUGUUUAGGUAA